AUGGAUUCUGGUCGCCGCUCGACAAUACUUCAAGAAUCCCAUUAUGGACGCUCAAAUCUACCAAUGCCCUCGACGAUCAAGAAGUCGUCGACGUCGUCCAAGUCCAGAAUGUCCUUGGCUGGACCUGCGCUGCGUCCGCCACAAUUGGCACCACCGAGUACCAACCCUCGACAAUCAAUGGCUCGGUCACAGAAUCAUAACCCUCUGUUGAUGAGUGUGACGAAACAGAAUGUGGGGAGGACACCGUUGCAUAACGUUCAAAGACGAGGGUCAACAUGGACAGGAGGACCAGGGAUGCCUGCUCCUUCAGGGAGUCAAUCAGUCAAAGACCCGCGGCCUCUCCGAGAUAAACAGUACCAGGCCAAAAUGCGACAAGACAUCCUCGCGUACCUUCAAGCCAACGGUUUCGAAAUUACCAUGUCGACGCUAACGAACAUCCAGGGCAAAGACUACCGCACCAUAUUUGACUUCCUCCUCCUCACACUUGACCCAUAUCAUAUCCUCAACCAACCCCGGUUUGAAGACGAGUUUGUUCCCGCGUUGAAAGCACUUCGGUAUCCAUUUGCCCACCAGAUUGAUAAUAAAUGGUUGGCGGCGCCUGCAAGUAUGCAUUCGUGGCCAUCAUUACUUGGAGUACUGCAUUGGCUGGUAGAGAUGUGCAAGUUGCGGGACCACUACCUCAAUAGCCAACAUCCCACACUUCAAGACCCUGAAAUUAUACCAGACGAAUUUGACGAUCCUCUAGACCACGCCGCCCUAGCCUUUGACUACUUUGAACAAACAUACACGCUAUGGCUAGACCUGGUCGACGAGUUUGUCGAACCUAACCAGCAUCUGGAAGACCGUUAUGCCAAACGUAACAACGGUGUGCAAACGGAGCUAGAUGACCAGAUGAAACUGUUGGCGGAAGAGAAGGCUAGGCUGAAAAAACUGAAAGAAUCGGCGCCUCCGAUCGACAAGCUGACACAGAACAACGGCCUACUAAAGGCGGAUAGCGAAAAGUUCAACAAGAUUCUACAGCAAUAUGACUCCAGGAAGAAUAAACUGCGGAACACGAUUGCUGAACUCAAGAGUGACAUUCAGCGAGACGAGGAUCAUCUGGAGCGCCUAAACGGUGAACACGAAAGACUACUGGACAUUGUCAAGACUCAGAACUUGAGCCCUGAAGAGGUCAUCAAGAUGAACACGGAUCACGAGACGUUAUCGCGUACGAUACAGGAGCUGAAGCAGAAAAUUGCUGACACGCACAAGACCAUCAUGAAUCUGGAGGUCAGCGUCACCAACCGUGUAGCGGCUGCGGAAGAAGCCCUUGAUCUUUAUACCAACCUACUUUCCUCCUUGGAGCUCUUCCCCCCACUUCCCGCACCAUGGGAGUCCAUCGACCUUACCUUGGAACUAAAUUCGGCAGUUUCAAAUCCACAGCAAUUAUUGAUAGGAGCGGACAUUCGCAAGGUUAUCAAACCGACCCUGAAUGCUAUUGCGGAAUCCAAACGGAGCGAGCGCGCCUCGGUCCAGAAUGAACGGAUAAAGGUGGAUGAUGAGCUGGACCAGUUAACCUUGGAGUGUGAGAGCGUCGAAGAGGAUGUGGGAGAUGUCGAGAAGAAGGUCGAUGCGUUAAAUGAGCAGGCAGACGACAUCAGAGACGCUGCUACGCGAGAGGCACUCGUCGCAGGCCAGGAGACUGACCGCUUACAGCGCGACUUGACAGCCGCGCGGAAUGCGGCACUGUCGAAUGGCAUGGGUGUCAAAUCCCGUUUGCAAGCCCUAGAGUUCGAUUACCGGGAGCAGAUUGAGAAGAUUUCACGGUUGAAAGAGGAAACAGUCCGCGCUAUCCUCAAGAACAGUCACGAAAUCGCUAUGUUCAAGGAAGAAGUCUCGCGACAUCUACGAGAGUUACGAGAAUUCGCUGAGUCGGAUUGA